CUUCUUUUAGGGCCCCCGCUUUAUGUCACAAUGCAAAGAGCUUUAGAACAAGCUAUGGACUACGCGGAUCGUGUCAUUGAAAGCGCCCAACAGAGACCUCCUCGGAGGAAAUCCUCAUCCACUAGGGGGAAAUCUCUGCAUGAAAAGCUGUAUGACAUCUACAUUGAGGAGUGCGGGAAGGAGCCCGAAGGUACGGAGGAAUUAACGCGCAAUGUGAACUUGCUGGAGAAGCUUGUUCAGAGGGAGUCCUUGCCCCGUUUAGUGGUCAACCUAUACCCAGGCGAGGAGGGGUAUUCGCUGAUGAUAAAGGGAGACAAUGAACUCUAUUCAGAGACCAUUAGACUGCCCUAUGAGGAAAGGGACUUUCUUGACUACUUGGAUGCAGAGGAACUGCCUCCUAUUUUGGUGGAUGCCCUGGAAAACUCGCAAGCUAAUGUUUUUCAGAGCGGGUGUGUCAUCACAGAAGUGCGGGACUAUAGACAGUGCACUAACGGGGACCGCAGUCGUUACCAAAGCAGACAUGUUCUCUUACGCCCUACGAUGCAGACGUUAGUUUCUGAUGUACACGCCAUAACCAGCAAUAACCAGACAUGGACCCAGGAAGACAGACUUUCACUUGAGAGCCAGCUGAUCUUAGCUACAGCUGAGCCCCUGUGCCUUGAUCCUUCUGUAUCAGUAGCCUGCAUUGAAAACAAGCUGCUCUAUAAGAAACAAAAGAUGAACACUCCCCCAAUGAGAAGGAAUUUCAAGAGGUAUUCUACAGCCUCCCUGAAUUGGCAGCAGAAGCUGUCUUAUAGUUCACCCCCUCCUGAGCUAAGGGCAUGGGAUUUUCACAAAAAAAGGAAAGAAAGGCAAGCAGGUCAGCAGGAUGACCUCAAAUUUCCCAAAGCAGGAAGUUGUGUAGAUAUGUGGAAACAGCAACCCUGUGACUUGGAGGUCCCUUCUGAAGUGGAUGUGGACAAAUAUGCUAAAGAGGAGAGGUCUGUCGCAUAUGAUGAUGCACAACCAACAGUCUGGCCAGCCCUGGAGACACAAGAGGAUUCUCUAUUUGGAUGUGAAGCUGGCGAUCCAUCCCAGAUAACAAAACCGACCGUCAUGCAGUCUCUGAAUGAUCCAUUUAUCUCUGGAAAGAGAAAGUCACGUAAAAAAGCCAGACGUAGGAGACGGAGACAGAUGUCUCACCACCGCUCCUCCACAGAUGACCAACCCAGUAGUUCCAGGCCUGGGUCACAGACUGGUGAUGGGAAAGCAGCCAGGCAGUCCGAGGAAUUGGUGCAGAAUUGGGUGGCACAGAGCUCCAGUGGCUCCGCCAGUCUCAGCCAGCUUUCUCCAGGGAGAGCAGCAGAACAGCCUCAGGCUGUGUCAAUUCAGUCUCCAGUUGAGGACCAGGGAGGCCAACACACACCUCCAGCCAUCCGUCUUCCCUGCAGCUCAGGAAACAGCUCCUGGGACAACAGUUUUACUCCACAGCAGGCAAGCAGCUUUGGUAAAUCUCCAUCUCAUGCCUCUGCUUCAGAGCCACCAAGUCUUCCCAAGAAAUCUUCUGUGAAAGGGAACCAAGCUCGCAUAUUUCCUGCAGCCACCGUGUCUACUGCCAGCACAUCACCAAGUACCCUGGCCAGCCAGGUCAAGGCCACCUCUGCUCAUCCCAAGGUCACCAAAGUGGUGAGCCCUGCUCAUGCAGCCCAGACAGUGGUGAGAGGUUCUACGCCUCUGAAGGGCUUUACCGCUAGGACCAAGACUCCUGUAGCCAUCAAGCCCAGAAUUCUGUGCCUAGGAGGCCAGCGGCCAGCACCUAUACAGCCUGCUUUACCAAAGCCUCCUUCACAAGGCAUUAAAAUUAUUUUUAAAAAUACUCCGGAGCUCACACCCAUAGCUCUAAUCCAAGCAGCCCCAGCGGCAGCCACAGCAGCAACCCCAGCGGCAGCCACAGCAGCAGCC